GAUUCUCCGCCAGCUUUCCAGUUUUCUGCCAGUUACAAUGAUGUCCGCUGACAGUCCUCUUCUAUGUGACGUCACAUCUAGAGCGUCUCCUUCAUUGGUUACUCGGUCGCGUUUCUUGUGAAUGCGCUUCUCCUAUAGGAUGAAUAAGAGAGCGGUGGGCGUGGCUGAAGUGGCGGGAACAUUGAGUGUGUCGGUGGGUGAGCAGGGUGUCCGGGCGCUGGGCACUCGCUGUCCUGACUGGUGGCGUCUCCCUGGCAGCGCAUGAUAUCGUAGUCAGCCGUAAGUGGAUGAGCGCAGCCCUCCCAGCGGUAAUCGGAUUCCUCCUCCCUAAUCCGCUGUCAGAGAGGCCAGGUGACAGCUUCAUUUUACCGCCCGGGGCCGUGACAGACAUCUGCUGUCUUCCCUUCUUCCUAUGGAUCCGUCAAGGGCUAAAAUGAGCCGCAAACAGCGAGGGGCGCCGGGUACCGGAUCCGGCUAUCCGGAUUAUCAGACGGGAGAAGACGGGGACAGGAAGAUUUCUAAGUUUCAAAUAAACAAACUAAGAAAUCUGACAGAUGAUGUGUUGGAUAGAUUUGCCAGCAUUAGAAUUCCUGGAAGCAGAAAAGAUCGUCCUAAUUUACAUUACAUGAAGAACUGUAACACUGGCAGCGACUGGUCCACAUCUUCAGAAUAUGAAGACUUUCCUCGUAAGCAGCUGUCUGAUAAAGAAGUCUUGGCUCUGUUUGAGAAAAUGAUGGAAGAUAUGAAUUUAAAUGAAGAUCGAAAAGCACCACUGCGCGAGAAAGACUUUGCCACGAAAAAAGAGAUGGUCAUGCAGUAUAUUAGCACCGCUUCAAAUGUUGGGAGCCUCAAGAGCAGCAGACAGAUCUCGCCACAGGAAUUCAUUCAUGAACUCAAAUUGGGCUCUACAGAUGAAAGGCUUGUCUCUUACUUAGACUCCCUUCGUGUCUCUCUGACCAGCAAUCCUGUCAGUUGGGUCGAAAGUUUUGGUCAUGAUGGCCUUGGAUUACUUUUAGACAUCUUAGAAAAGAUGGUGACUGGAAAACGACAUGAAAAAAUAGAGAAACGGACUCAGCACAAAGUCAUACAGUGCCUGAAGGCGUUCAUGAACAACAAGUAUGGAUUAGACAGAAUCAUGGGAGAAGAAAGGACUCUGUCGUUAUUGGCCAAGGCCAUGGAUCCCAAGCAAGCUAAUAUGAUGACGGAUGUAGUCAAGUUAUUGUCUGCUAUAUGUAUUGUUGGAGAAGAAAACAUUCUUGAAAAAGUCUUGGAUGCAAUAACCACAGCUGCAGAGGAAAGGGGGAUUGUCAGAUUUAGCCCAAUUGUUGGAGGUCUGCAACACAAUAUUGUCCAACUGCAGGUGGCGUGUAUGCAGCUUAUCAAUGCACUUGUAACAUCGCCUGAUGAUCUGGACUUCAGGCUUCACAUCAGAAAUGAAUUUAUGCGCUGCGGAUUGAAGGAGAUAUUGCCACAAUUAAAGAAUAUCCGCAAUGAUGCCCUGGACAUCCAGCUGCGAGUGUUUGAUGAACACAAGGAAGAGGACAUGAUAGAGUUUUCUCAUCGCCUUGAGGAUGUCCGACUAGAAAUGGAUGAUGUCAGCGAUGUUUUCAGCACGUUGUGGAAUUCUGUCAAGAACACGUAUUCUGAGGGAUAUCUUCUUUCCAUUCUUCAACAUCUACUAAUAAUCCGCAAUGACUGUUUUGCAAGACCACAGUAUUUCAAAAUAAUAGAAGAGUGUGUAUCCCAGAUAGUGCUGCAUCGUAGUGGUGUAGAUCCUGAUUUCACUUACAGGAAAAGAUUAGAUGUGGAUUUCAGUUACUUGCUAGAUGUCUGUAUAGACAAAGCAAAGACAGAAGAAUUUGAAGAAAGAUACCUGGAGAUGAACAAAAAAUACGAAGAGGAAUUUACAAUUCGCCAAGAGACCCAGUCCCAAUUGCAGAAAAAUGAAGAAAAAAUCAAUGAACUUCAAGCGGAAUUACAGGCUUUUAAAUCCCAGAAUGGUAUCUCUGAUACUGAAAUCAAAGCACUUAAAGCAUCUGGAAAAUUGCCUCAAUCAGAUGUCCCAAAAGCUCCGCCUGCACCACCUGGACCAGCAUUUGGAUCUGCUCCUCCCCCUCCUCCUCCACCGCCUCCACCACCUCCUCCAAUGGCUGGAGGACCUCCUGGUGCUCCACCAUUUCCUGGGUUUGCUUUAGGGCAGUGUUCCCCUCCUGUUAAAACUCUCCCUUUUGGCUUAAAACCUAAAAAAGAGUUCAAACCAGAAGUUGGAAUGAAGAGGCUAAAUUGGCAAAAGAUUCGACCAAAUGAAAUGACUGAGAAUUGUUUCUGGGUGAAUGCAAAGGAGGACAAAUUUGAAGAUAAGGAUUUAUUUAAUCAACUGGAGACUACUUUCUCAUGUCAAAGAAAAGUAAAAAAAGAUGAUGAAACUGAUGACCCAGUGUUUACCAAGAAACGAAUAAAGGAGCUUAAAGUUCUGGAGCCAAAAAUUGCUCAAAAUCUAUCUAUCUUUCUGGGUUCAUACCGUUUGCCUUAUGAAGACAUUAAAAAAAUUAUAUUGGAAAUUGAUGAAACACAUUUGACAGACUCCAUGGUCCAGAACUUGAUAAAAAAUAUGCCUGAACAAACACAAUUAACUGCACUGGCUAAACUAAAGAAUGAAUAUUGCAGCCUGUCAGAACCAGAACAAUUCGGUGUUGUGAUGAGCAGCGUGAAGAAGCUCAUUCCACGUCUCAACGCAAUUCUAUUUCGCCUUCAAUUUGAAGAGCAAGUAAACAACAUCAAACCAGAUAUUAUGGCUGUCAGUGAAGCAUGUGAGGAGAUAAAGAAAAGCAGGAGCUUUGCUAAACUGCUGGAGAUCGUGUUACUCAUAGGAAACUACAUGAAUGCUGGAUCCCGAAAUGCACAAACAUUUGGAUAUAACCUAAGCUCUCUGUGCAAAUUAAAAGACACAAAAUCAGUAGACCAGUCAACAACACUUCUUCACUUUCUGGCUGAAAUAUGUGAAAGAAAGUUCCCUGAUGUUCAGAUGUUCAUGGAAGAGAUACAGACUGUAGAUAAAGCAAGCAGAGUGUCUGCAGAAAAUCUGGAGAAGACAAUAAAACAAAUGGAACGCCAGCUUCAGCAGCUUGAGAAAGAUUUGGAGACCUUUCCCUCAUCUGACGACAUACAUGACAAGUUUGUGACAAAAAUGUCCAGUUUUGCAGUAUGUGCGAAAGAACAAUUCAAAAAGCUGUCGCGAAUGUAUGAAAACAUGGAGAAGCUCUAUCAGAGUGUCAUGGAAUUUUAUAUUCUGGAUGCAAAGAAGGUUUCUGUGGAGGAAUUCUUUACCGAUCUGAAUAACUUCAGGAUCAUGUUUGUGCAAGCAACAAAAGAGAAUAUCAGACGGCGAGAAGCUGAAGAAAAACAAAAGCGUGUUAGGCUGGCAAAAGAAAUGGCAGAAAAGGAGAAAGUAGAAAGGCAGAAGAAGAAGAAACAUCUACUGGAAAAGAACAGAGAGGGUGAAGAGACCGGAGUGAUGGAUAGCCUGCUAGAGGCCCUGCAAUCCGGAGCAGCUUUCCGAGACCGCAGAAAACGGACUCCUCGGCCUAAAGAUAUACAGGACAAUCUCAGUCCGUCAUCAGAGAGGCCUAUUCUAAAGCCUUGUAACCAUGAAAACCAAAAACCUCAAUUUGAGAGAUCACGAUCACGACCAAAUAUCCACUCCACUACUGCAAGGGCUCCAGUUGCUAAGGAACUCAGUUAUGAGUUGGAUUCUCAUGCGUCCGCAACAAGAAGCAAGGUUACCAGUAAAAAAGAGGUUUGCAACCCAGAAGGGCACAAGGACAAAGGGACAGGUCACAGCACUGCUGUCAAGGCAGAGUCAAUUCCAGAAGUUGAAGCUUUACUUGCAAGACUACGGGCACUCUAACAAAAUGUUGUGUUCUUUCCUGCUUUUAUCAAAGAAAUAAAAAUAGAAACCAAACCGCAAGAGCUGAACUGCAAGUAACCAUGCAAGGCAGCAUGUGCAAUUUCUAGCAUUCCAAAACUGCUUAUUCAAAAGAGUUUUCUAUCUACCACUCCUUCCCUGGUCACUGGCUUAUAAAUGCCAUACAUACAGAUCAUAUUAGUCCAGCACUGCAGUAUGUUGCUUUCUGGCCAAUAUUUCCAGCAUGCUGGAGAUGACAUCUACUUCUAGCUUCACAUGUCCUGUAACUUCGCUAGAGUAGUAGGUGAUAUAGUGCCAUAGCCAUAACUAUUCAGCACAUAUACUCAUCAGCACAUAUACUCCUCAAGUUUUAGAGAGAAAACUAAUCUAAAAAACACAUACUUGAAUAUAAACAUAUAUAAUAUAUAUUGUGAUUGAUUACAGGGAAUCCAAAACUCUUUAUUUCCAGCUGCUAGGUGGAGAAUACAUACUCCAAUUUCGAAUAUUUUAUCAAUGUAACUGGCACUGCCAUAUCAGGCCACUACCAUGCCAAUUCCUCUAUUACAAAUAUCAGCAACCAAUGGUGAGGUGGUUUUGGUUAACAAAAAGAUUCUUAGAAGACUUUUUCCUUUCUUUCAUUUGUUAUCCAAUUUAGUAAAUCCGAUUGUAAUAAUGCCACAAAGUCAUAGGUUAUCUUGUUAUGAUUCUGAGUAAAAGUGCAAUUUCUACUAUUUCCCCAUUGCCUAUAUAGGAAAAAAUAUUAAGUGAUAAGCACCUCACUAGCUGCUAGUAACAUGCAUUUUAUUGUUUCUAAAUGUUCUUGGUAUGACUGCUUUGUUACAUGUUGUAAUGAGGUCUUUUUUCUUGUGACCAUCAUUUUAUUAUUCAAAUACAGAUAAAUUCUUCAUCUUUUUCUAUGCAACUUUGCAAAUGCUUUUUUUUAUUUUUUAUUUAUCUUACUGAUUCUUUGUUUCCUCCUGCAUUAUAUUCCAGAGCAGCAUUCACAAUUCUGUUGAUUCCAUUGGUCCCAGAUGAGAAUUUAACAGAUGCAGCUUAGCUGAACACUUAUAAUGUUUCUGCACUGCUUUCUGUUACACUCAGUUUUGUGGGUUGUUUGUUUUAUUGCACACUAGAUUACAGUAUAGUAUUUGGUAUUGAAUAAAUAAAUAAAUUGUUUCUGCAUUGGAAAUAACUAGCAUGAUCUGAGCAGAUACUGAACAAGCAAUAGAUGCCUAAAAAGUGAGCUUGGAUCCAGGCAAAAUUGUGAUUGUUGCAAUAGACUAAUAAAGGCUGUAACUUAGUAAGUUAAGUAAUUUUAAGAAUAAUUGCCUUGUUAUUUUGUACCAAUUCUAUGUAGACAAUAUUGGUAUCUAAACUGUAGAAUCUUAAAUGGAAACUGACAGAAGGGGCACCAUUCUAACCUGCUGCUACUACUAGGUCAUAGUGUAGAGGAUACCGGUCACAACUAUGUGUUUUUUUGUUUUGUUUUUUGCAUACGUCAUGCUGUGAAUGUGAAUGCACUAUUGCUGCAUAGAUAUGUGUAAUAUUGCACUUAGGGUGUAAGGGAACGCCCCCAGAGCAUCACACUUAUUUGCAUAUUAGUAUUUUCAUUAUUGCCUGACGCAUGUAAACAAUUAAAACACUGCUGUGAUUAGCGUCACCCACACUCGAGCAGGUUAGAAUGGGUGACCUUACUUUGUUUCCUGUUAAAGGUGAAGCUACACUUAUUAUACAAUCAUUUCUUGUACAGUUUAAAAUUCUUUGUAUUUCUUUUUGUCUAUUAAUAUAUAACAAUGUUUUUGAUAAUGCACAUUCACAAUAUAUUUAUGAUAUGAUCAACGUAUCCAUACCAAAAUACACUUUUUCUAUGCAUAAAAUACUUUAUAUAUACAGGGGCAAACAAUCUGCUUUAAAGCAACAAAUCUUGCAAAUCAAAACCAAUACAUAUUCCAGUUCUAUAAGCACAAACCACAAGCUGUAAUUAGACAUAAUGGCGAACAUGUUGGCGUUAAUGAACCAGAUAGACAGAAAUUAAAAAACCAAAUGCAAAGGCAGAGUUUCUCUCACCCUCCGUCAAAGCUGGCAUUCUCAGUCAAGGGUGAAGAGCACACAUAACAGGUCAACAAGUCCAAUGCUGGACAGAAAUUCCACAUGGUAUUAAACGACUUGUUUUGAACCUUCAAAGCACUUAGCAAUUGCCAUCUGACAAGAUGUCAGUACACGCCACAGCUUUCAGCUGAAACACAUUAGGUUAGUUUAUUAUAUAUUUGUAAGGAAUAAGGUAAUAUAUGGUGUAGUCCUGAUUGUAGAGAACAUUGCCUUCUUUUAAGGAGCAUUUCUGCUAUAAAUAUUUUUAUACGCCAAUCUGGAUCUUCUCAUAUUACCGUCAUUAUUUUACAAGUCUUGCAUUUUUUAUUACCAUAGUGCAUUACAUUCUAUAAACACUACAUGUUUAUUAUUGGAAUUGCUAUUAAACUUGCAAAUACCUCAUCCAUUUCACUCCUCCAUCCACCCUCCUCGUACAGCACAAGUUGUGUCAUGCUCUUUUUGAACAA